AUGGUGAGAGCGAGCGAAUCUGUGUCUGAGGGGCUCACUAUUGAAUGUGUAUUAAGCCUUGUGUCUCACCGGGUCGUUUCCCUUUGCCUUCCAGCCGGACCAAACCCCAGCGCCACCAACGUCGCGCCUCCCGCCUCCCCCAGCAAAGCCGUCGCCCCGAGGGCCGCCGGAUCCACCGUUCGGCAGAGAAAAAAUGCCAGCUGUGGACAAGGAGCGCCGGCCGCACGACUUCUGCGGAACCGGAGGGGGAUUUGGAGGUUCUAUACAGAAGACUCCCCGGCCUCAAGUGUAAUAAGUACAAAUAGGCCAGUAGAUGGGCGGGCCCUGUUCCGUUUUCGUGUUAUGAGUCUUCUCUUUAUUGCAUCUUGUUAUAUGUUGCACAUCUGGGGUAAAAUAUACUCGGUCAAUAGACACUCUGUUUCCCAUUUGCCAGCUUGA